AUGCUCAUUGAGUUUGGGCCAGGAAAGGUUCCGCAGUGGAUCCAGUGUCGCCCAGGCAGCGAAAAUUCGUUUUGUACCCGCACGCAGCGCAAUGCGCUGCGGGAACGGUUUUUGAAUGUACUAGCCCGAACCGAAGGAUCCGAGGAAACAUCCGGGUCAUUGCUGUCCCUUUUAGCAAAUUCAAGCAAGCACGGAAUCGGCAGCUUGCACUACUCUCGGCACCGCAAGCUCCUUGCGCAGGCCCUCGCCUCUCCAGUCUUAAACGAGCUGGAGUUUCCUCCCGAGUGCAUCAGUACAGACACCCACCACAAUGGAGUUUUGCGUGGGUGGCCAGUGUUGCUGCGAAGUCCGCACUUUGUGCCCCACUGUCUUGAUUGCAUGCGAAUGAAUUGGCACAAGAAUCGCAAACGAGACAAGGUACCCCAUGACAUUGCUGACCAUUGAACCCGCGAAGAGUGGCUCUGCAGAUCUUGUAAGAAUUGGCUUUAUUGCAAAGAUGGUGUUGCACGAACGUGGCAUAGUUUCUGGAAACGGCAUUGAGGUGUAUGGCCACGCCACUCAUGGUGUAUGCCGGUGGCCGGGUGGCGGAAGCUUUCCAAGGUCUCGACGAUUAUGUUUUUGACCUCGGAGUCGAUUAUGAUGUGAAUGACCCUUCGUUCCAAGAAGACCGGUGCUUUAAAUUUUUUAAUCAAUUUGUGGGAAGAACAACAACAACAACCAUUUCGACUCCCCAUAGACCACAACUCUCCAUAUCAGACAAAAAUAAUGUGAAUGCGUGUGAUAAAACCGCCAGUAUAGUAGCUAUGUUU